UUGACCAAUUUGUGACACGCUCUCUCUCCGUCUCUCUCCCAUUUAGGUUUUUUCAUUUUCACAACAAUUUCCCAGUAUAUUAUUCAACACGUCUUUCCUUUUUGCAUCUACAUGUUAAUAUUAUUUGGUUCCACAACACUUGGUUUUCUCUGUAUCAAUCAAUAGAUCGAGAAAAAAUAUGAAGACAUCGCUGAAGAAAUUAAGAGGAUUGGCUAAUCUUCGACAUGAUAAAAAAGAACGGAGGCUUCGCCAGCCAUCUGACGAGCUCGCUUUGGCUACUCAGGAUAUGGAAGAAAUGAAAGAUUGCUACGAUAGGUUACUUUCUGCAGCUGCUGCAACUGCAAAUGGUGCAUAUGAAUUUUCCGAAUCAUUGCGAGAAAUGGGCGAUUGUCUUCUUGAGAAAACAGCAUUGAAUGAUGAUGAAGAAAGCGGUCCUCAUUGCAUGAUAGCUGAUCUUGUUAGUUACAAGAGUGGGUUGCUCUAGUGGUGAGCACCCUCCACUUCCAACCAAGAGGUCGUGAGUUCGAGUCACCCCAAGAGCAAGGUGGGGAGUUCUUGGAGGGAGGGAGCCGGGGGUCUAUCGGAAACAACCUCUCUACCCCAGGGUAUGGGUAAGGUAUUGCUAAUGCUGGGUAAAAUGCAGUUUCAGCUUCAGAGACUUGUAGAUAACUAUCGGUCACAUAUUAUCAGGACAAUCGCAGUCCCCUCAGAAUCCCUUCUCAAUGAACUGCGCAUAGUUGAGGAGAUGAAGCUGCAAUGUGAUAACAAGAGAGAAGUUUAUGAGCAGAUGGUGCAAAAAUACAGAGAUAAAGGCAGGACAAAAGGCACUAAAGGAGAAUGUAUUUCAUCUCACCAGCUGCAAGCAGCUUAUGAAGAAUACGAUGAGGGGGCCACUGUUUUUGUAUUCCGUAUGAAGUCCCUCAAGCAAGGACAAUCCCGCAGCCUUUUAACACAGGCAGCUCGACACCAUGCUGCUCAGUUGUCUUUCUUCAAGAAAGCCGUCAAGUCUCUUGAGGUGAUUGAGCCACAUGUCAAAUUGGUGACGGAACUGCAUCAUAUUGAUUAUCACUUCCAUGGGCUUGAAGAAGAUGAUGGAGAUGAUGUUGGCAAUGAUGAUGAUGAUGAUGAAAAUGAUUACGACGAUGACUCUGAUGACGUAUCCGAGUCACUUGAUGACGGUGAACUGAGUUUUGACUAUGGGCAGAAUGACCAGGUUAAUCCUUCAACCCAUUCAAUGGAGUUGGAUAAAGUGGAUGUUACAGUUCCUGAAACUGCUACAAAGGGUGCAUCAAUGGAAAAUCUCAAUAAGAGUCAUGGUGGAAACUCUUUUUCCUUCUUUAGAGAUGUUAACAGCACCAAGUCAGCACCACUUUUGUCUGGGAGGAAACAAGAUCCUUCUGAGGGGGGUGCCACACGAAUGACUUCGUCACUCUCAAACAAGUUUCAACCGUAUGUUUUACCCACACCAGUUGAGGCAAAAACUACAGAUUCAGUAAAAUCAUAUAGCGUACACCCUCAAACAAGGCGAACUGGCCAGACUGCUAGUGUACUUCACUCAUGGCAUUCGUCCCCUUUGGAUCAGUUCAAACAUGAAAAGCUUGUGGCAGAUGAGAAGUUAUCUGGACCUAUCACCUCGAAUACACAAUCAGUUCUCACAGAGAGCAACAAUUAUGCAAAAUCUGGUCCGUUGCCCCCUCCACUGCCAGAAGGCCUCUCAUCUUUGCAGCAUGAUUGGUCGAAUGCUAAAAAGGUCAAGAGACAAGCUUUUUCUGGUCCUUUGACCGCGAAGCCGUGGCCAAAGAAGCCUGUUGUUUCUGCUGGUAGUCCAAUUGCUUCAACUGGAUACCCUCAGCAUUUUUCUCUGCCUUUCUUGCAUACUUCAACGCCUGAACCUUCAUCGGCCCCUAAAUUAUCUUCACGUACUUCUCCUCCUCUCAUGUCAUCACCUAAAAUAAGUGAGUUACAUGAACUACCUAGACCACCAGCUAAUUUAGCCUCCAAAAGACCCCCACGUCAGAUUGCUCAUUCAGGACCUUUGGUGUCAAAAGUCCAGGAACUUUCUUCCACAAAUAAAGUGACAGUGUCUUCAACUGCUUCUACACUACCAACACCUCCAGCCCUUCCUCGUAGUUACUCCAUACCAUCUAGGGGUCAGAUAGAAAUAGCUUUCCAUGUUUCUAAGCCACUGGAAGAUAUGGCUUCACCUCCUUUAACGCCAAUAGCCUUCGGGAACAUCCAGCAUUCUCCCCCUGCUUCAUAGCCUCCAAACUAGCUAGUCAAAUUAAAGGUGUAACUACGCGAGCCGCCAGUAUUUUUCUGACUUUCCAGAGGAGCUUAAUUGUUCUAUCAGUGCAACUCAGUUAGGGUGAAAGGCAACAUUUUGCUAGGGUAUCCUAAUGUGUACAGCAAUUGAGUCUUGUAUUGCUUCUGACAUAUAGUGGCAUUUUUGUUUUUGCCGUAAGUAUAUCUAUUUUGCUUUUCCCAUUAGAUGCAGGCUUCUUCACCUUGUAACUAUUUAAAGCUUCUAUGAGAUCACAACAAGUGGCUUAGAUAGUUCUAUAUUAAAAUCUUUCUGUAAAUAUCCCAAAAGUAACCUAUCCUGAGGAAGAAAAGGAGUACAAAAUGUGGAGAA